GAAUACAUUUAUUGAAUCUUUGUCACUGCAGAUCUUUGCGAUGAUGGAUGCCAAGGCCAGUCAGGACUGCAUCAAGGAGAGAGAUGAAGCAGCUGAAUCACCCCAAUGUGAUCAAAUACCUGGACUCUUUCAUUGAAGACAACGAGCUCAACAUCGUUCUGGAGCUGGAGGAUGCUGGAGAUCUGUCCCAGAUGAUAAAGUACUUCAAGAAGAAGAGGCGCCUCAUCCCAGAGAGAACUAUCUGGAAGUAUUUUGUGCAGCUCUGCAGCGCCCUGGAGCACAUGCACUCACGCAGAGUAAUGCACCGUGAUAUAAAGCCAGCCAACGUGUUCAUCACAGCCACAGGUGAGGUGAAGCUGGGUGACCUGGGAUUAGGACGCUUCUUCAGCUCCAAAACCACGGCGGCACACUCCUUAGGGUUAGAGAAAGCAUGA